UCAGGCAACAUGGAAACUCAUGGAAGGAAGGCAGCAGGCUUCCAGCUCGAGUCCCUGGAUGGUAAAGUCAUCAUCUGUCUCCCUCCACUCUUAGAGUGCAAUGAAAUUUUGAAUAACCGCACUGAGAUCCCGACGCCAAGUGCAGUGCUACACCAGCCACAUCUCCACCACAUUGCCAAGCACAUCCCAGAACUGGAUCCAAAAGCAGAAAUACUCCUGCUAUUAGGAAGAGGUGUUCUCCAGGUGCACAAGGUUAGGCAGCAGGUCAAUGGACCACACGACGCCCCCUUUGCGCAACGCCUGGAUCUGGGCUGGGUGGUGAUAGGAGAGGUGUGCCUUGGCAAUGUACACAAACUGACAGUUAACACACUUAAGAGCAAUGUGCUAGAGAGCAGCCGCCAUUCAAUUUUUCAACCCUGCACAAGUUUCAUGUGUAUUAAGGAAGCACGACAAGGCUUUAACAAAUGUAAAGUAACCGACAAGACGCUGGGUCAGUCAGUCUUCGCUCAAACUGAGCAUGAUAAUAAACUUGCUCCAUCUGCUCAAGAUGCCAUUUUCUUAAAAAUAAUGGACACCAAGGUCUUCAGAGAUGAAGCAAUUAAUUGGGUCGCCCCACUACCUUUCAGAGAACCACACCAGUGCUUGCCAAACAACAAAGAGCAGGCAGUCAAGCGGUUCACAUCCUUGCAAAAAACCCUGAAAAGGAAACCUGAGAUGCAGCAACAAUACAUAGCAUUUAUGGAGAAGAUCUUCACUAAUGGACAUGCGGAAGUAGCACCGCCACUGAGGGAAGGCGGGGAGUGCUGGUACCUCCCAACGUUUGGGGCUUACCACCCACGAAAGCCCAAUCAGAUCAGGGUGGUCUUUGACUCCAGUGCUUAGUGCACUGGUAUCUCCCUUAAUGACGUGCUCCUUACAGGCCCCAACCUUAACAAUACCCUUCUCAGGGUCCUGCUGUGCUUCCGGAAGGAGAAGGUCGCAAUCUUAGCGGACAUCCAGCAGAUGUUCCAUUGCUUCUUAGUACAGGAGGACCAUCGCAAUUUCCUCCCUUUCUUAUGGCGCAAAUGUAACUUACCUCACACUGUGGACGAAUUGGCCCAGGCAAAGGACGUCAUCUUUAAAGCAACUCAAAGAACGGAUUUUGCAGGGGAGUUUUCAGCUCUCCAAGUUAAUAAACCAAUACCAAAGGACAGCCCUUUGAGGAAAUUCAGCCCGAUCCUGAAGAACGAUAUCAUCUGCAUUGGAGGCCGGUUAAUACACUCCCAACUUCCAGCUGCAGAAAAGAGCCCAGUAAUCCUGCCCAAAGACAGCCAUGUGUCCUUACUGCUCACUCGCCAUCACCAUGAACAGGUAAGUCAUCAGGGCCAUCACCUAACAAAAGGAGCAAUAAGGGCAGUGGGACUGUGGAUCUUGGGAGCUAAAACACUGAUCAAUUCAGUACUUCAUAAAUGUGUAAACUGCAGGAAACUGCGAGGCAAGUUGGAAGUUCAACGUAUGGCGGACCUCCCCCCAGAACGCCUCGAAACCUGUCCUCCUUUUACAUAUGUGGGGCUGGACGUAUUUGGUCCGUGGACUAUCACUAUGAGACGUACCAGAGGAGGACAAGCAGAGAGCAAGCGGUGGGCCAUCAUGUUCAGCUGCAUGAGUUCAGGAGCGAUGCACAUUGAGGUCAUUGAAUCUUUGGAUACAUCCAGCUGCAUUAAUGCACUCAGGCGCCUCUUUGCGCUAAGAGGCCCUGCAAAACAGUUAAGGUCUGAUUGCGGCACGAACUUUGUUGGAGCAUCAGAGGAGCUGGGGAUGGACAAAACGGUGCAAAGGUACCUCAGUGAGCAGGGAUGCAACUGGGAAUUCAACACACCACACGCCUCUCACAUGGGAGGCGCAUGGGAGUGGAUGAUUGGUAUUGCCAGAAGAAUUCUUGAUUCAAUGUUUUUGCAGCAACGCACCCAACUGACCCACGAGGUACUGUGCACACUAAUGGCAGAGGUCACAGCCAUUAUAAAUGCACGACCACUCCUACCACUUCUGACCCGGAAAACCCCUUCAUACUCUCACCAUCAAUGCUCCUUACGCAGAAGGCAGGAGCUCCCCCUCCACCAGGGGACUUCUCUGAUACGGAUCUGUACCCAAAGCAAUGGAGACAGGUCCAGGCUCUGGGAAAUCAGUUCUGGUCUCGUUGGAGACAUGAAUAUCUACCUUUGUUGCAACACAGACAAAAGUGGACAGGACCCCGCAGGAAUCUUCAAGUUGGAGAUUUAGUCCUGCUCAGGGACAAGCAAAUCGCCCGCAACAACUAGCCAAUGGCCAGAAUCACUGCCACAUUCCCUAGUAGGGCUGGACAUGUCAGGAAGGUUGAGUUGAAAACUUCUGACCAAGGUGAUGUGAACAUUUACCAAAGGCCAGUUACAGAAGUCAUUCUACUUCUACCUAAGGACUGAUUUAGAGACUGAAGUUUGUAUUAUGUUCAUUUUGACCUUACGAAGGUCAAGCAGGGAGUGUGUUGCCUUUAUGGCAUUUGUUUAGUUUAUUAUAUUUUCGCUUUAGUAAUUUGUUUGUUAUCAUUUUCUAGUUAAAUUUAAGAUUGUUUAAAGUAAAUUCAUUGUCUGUGAUAUAUCGCAGCAUGCGAUGAUGUCACACCCAGUUUCGCCACGUCUUGUGGGAAAAUACCGGUUUGGAGAAACGGGAAGGAGGGGGCACACAUGUGCAGGAUCAGCGCGAGAAAAGUUUUCUUUCUACGCACUAGAAACAUCAGUGAAGCAACGCCUUUUCACCAUAUGUUAAUGUGGAAGAGUGAAGAGUAAACGGUUAAUCUUACUGGGACCGCCUCAUUGACUGGUUUAUGCUUGGUGUUUAGUUCAGAGUUCUUUUACACCUGUGCAAGAACACUACAGAGUCUAAGACCAGGGCACAUUGCCUCAGAAUAGAGGGACAUCCAUUUAGAACACAGUUGGUGCUGCCUGACCUGCUGAGCAUUUACAGAACUUUGGGUACUUGCUUAGGAUUUCCAGCAUCGAUGUCUUUUUCACUGUUUUGCAAUUGCCUUGUCAUGGAACACUUAAAGGAGACAGUGCUUUUAUCACCACCAAACAAAACUUUCAGAUAAUCACAUGUAUAGAGAUAAAGCCAUUAUCAAAUGAUGGAAUGGCACUGCAGAACAUAUUGGUCUUACUCCUGGUCAUUUAUGUUAGAUUUGCCAGCCACGGUAUUGUAUUCUUUAACAGGCCAGUAAAUGAAAAAAAUGUAUUUUGGAAUAUAGUCAAUUAUCAAAAUAAUAUAACCUUGCUGCAUUGGAAGAGAAAUUGAAGUAACUUAAUAUGUCCACAAGCUAAACUAAUACCAACAAAGACAAAAUAAAAACAUUUAGGGACAUUUAAUGUUCUUUCAAACACAUUUAUUUUUGCUUACAGCCACUGAUUAUAUUUAAUUAUUUUACAUAGCUUAAGAUAACUUUCCUCCGAAGAGACCCAUUUUCCCUUUUUCCCAUUUGCUUCAGUUGUCAUAAUAAUAAUAAAUGUGUAAUCAGUAAUUUGAAGUGAGCACUCCACGAAAAUAAAAUGGGAAUUUACUUAACAAAGAAUUAACCAGUGGUAGUUUUCCAGCCAGAAUUAAACAUAAUGAACUGGGUUUGUUAAUAACUGUUUCAAUCAAUAACUGAAUACCACAUAACAAGCCAGCUGGAAAUAAAAGCCAUUAUUUCACACUCACAUGUGAGAAACCUUCGCUCUUUGCACUCAAAAUGCCCUCUGGGUACUCAGUUGCAUGACACUUUAUUCAACAGAAUAUUAACUUGUAGAAAUAAGAUCACGAAAAGCAUUCUUCUUUGAAAUAUCCUUUAAUAGUAUGGAUCAGUUCCAGUUGCAACUUACUGCCAUGCUGACUUCAAACUGACUGCUGUUAUGCACAUAUUAUUAGAAGAUGGCAUUACCUAGCACGAGGUAGGAUUCAAUGAGGCUAGAAUAGCUAUUUCAAUAAAAAUAUGUAAUUAUACAGAACUGAAUUUUUUCUUGGGUUGUCCAAGACAUUCAUGUAAUUCUUGUCGCAGCUAUGUAAAAAAAAAAUCGUGAUGUUAACGUUGUGCAGGUGACAUAUGAUGACCACACACAAACACAAACACAAACACACUCUACACUUCACAUUAAUGUAUCAUCCAUAUAACAAAUUUAUGCUUUCUUUGAAACAGUGUGUCUAGCCACUGGCUUGAACAAACAGUUUAAUGCUGAAGCAGAAAACUACAGCUUGAAUUCAUUGUCUUCACUUCCACUUUGCAUCAUUUCUUUUCCUUGAGUUUGGCGGGGUGGUGGUACUGGUUAAUUGCAUUGAUCUUAAAUGUUCUAACACUCUUGUUUAAUAUUAUAUGCUCAAGAUUGUAGUACAGACACCAUCCAGUGAAAUCAAAAGGUUUCUGUGUUUCAGAGUAUCCAGUCACUUCUUGAAAGCACAAGACAUCCAAGUCUGCUUAAAACUUUCUCCAGUUAUCUCAGUCGCCCCAUUCCGUCGAUGUAGUUGUAAACUGUAUCAUAAAUUGAACAUCCAAAAAUCACUUACUGGCCCAGCGCCAAACAAUUGAUAAGUAAAGGAAAAGAAUACGAAUAUUAUAAACUGGAAUCUUAAUUCCUGAUGAAAGGUCCAAAGGUUGAAAGGUUAAUUUAUUAUCAAAAUAUACAACUCUGAAAUUCUUCUUCUCCCAGUAGCAAUGAAACCUCAAAAGAAAAAGAAAGGCAACAUGAUCAUCAACUCCCAAAUCCCAUCUCCCCACAAACGAAAACAGAUCAGGGACACUUGCCCCCAAAUCCCUCCUUCCACACAAAAUAACGAACAGAAUGGACCAGGCACCUCAAUCUCAAAAUCCCUCUUCCCAUACAAGAAAACAACGAAAAUGGAUCAGACACUUUGACGCUCAAAUCCCUCUUCCCGGACAAAUAAAAUGAAGAAAACAGAUCGAGAACAUUGCUCCCCUAAUCCCUCCUCCCACAGAAAAAAAAAUGAAUAAAAUUGAUCAGGCACAUCGACCCUCAAAUUCCUCCUCAGACACAAAGAACCAACAAAAUGGAUUAGACACAUCGACCCCCAAAUUUCCUUCCCCCACAAAAAAAAGAUCAGGUGCAAAAACACAGAAUAUAAAAACUAUAAGACUGAAAAAAUAAUGUCCAUAGUCCAAGUCCAAAUCCAAACCAAAGAGAAUAAUGUGGAGAGUACUGUUCAGGCUCUGCCCUCUCCAGUACAGCGCAACCAAUUGAAAGGCAAGCAGCCGGACGAUCACACUCUGCACUCACUUCGACGUUUCAGCCACCCUUGUCAAUUGAAUCAGAGAACAAUGGAAGCUUUAGUCGGUGAAAUGGGGUCAAGUAUCAGCUCAUGGGGUGAUACCCCAUGAUACCCCUUCUCGCCACGGGAUUCAAUCACACAACUUCAGCCUCCCAGGAUCUCAGCAACUGCAGAGCACCAAAGCAUCCAAACGAUCUUCAAAUAGCAGAGUGCGGGCUCCGACUGUUCCAGAAUCACAUUCAAGACGAGAUACAAACUUAAAAGACAUAAAAGAAGCGAAAAAAAAAUGCUUUCAUGAUCUAUCCAGAAGUUGUCGACCAAAGGAGUGUGGUACUCCAUCUUGACCAGUCUUGUCCUCGACUGAUAAUUCCUCUCCAUAGACUUUGCCUGACUUGCUGAAUUACUCCAGCAUGCUG